AAUAACCUCUUGCUCGCUCAACUUAUCAACAGAGGUAAAACUUAUUCGCAAUAUAAUAUGUCUUCACGUUCCUCGUGGUCAUCCACGGAGCAGAUUAAUCGCACAAUCAGUUCCAGAGCUGACGAUCUUCCUCCACAACCUCGCCGUCUAGAAGUAGUUUCGAAGCAAGCAACGCGUGUGACGGCACUUUCUACAAAAUUGGAAUGGAAAAUCGAACAAUUUGAGAAAUUGAUGAAACUAAUCAAAAACGGUUCGAAUCUUAUUUCAAGAAUGUUUAGUGUCCCUGAUGCGCCAACAGUUUGCUGGGAACUUCAUGUGUAUCCAAAUGGAAAGCGUGAUGAAGAUGUGAAUAAUGUAUCGUUUUUCUUGAGACAAGUUGGAUUAGCCAGAGGAGAGGAGCCCAUCAUGACAGAAUUUCAAAUUUAUGCUCUCGAUGCUAAUAAUCAAAGAGUCAGUGUAUGCAGAGAUACCAAAGAUUUCACAAACCAACAAGGGCGUGGAAAGUUCCAAGUUUCGCGUGAUAAGAUGCUUGGGGCACUUCGAUCUGACGGAACUCUCUUUUUGAUUUGUGAAGUUGAAUACUUCCCUCCUGGAUCAAAAAUAUCAGUUGAGCCAGUUGUGGACGAAGAUGUUAGCACAGAGGAGCAAGAAGAAAUGCCUGAAGUAAUUGUACGCGCAAAUAAUCGAAGUAUGUGGGAAGAUGAGCUAUUCACCGAUUGUGUGAUUCAUGUUGGCAAUAAACAUAUAAAAGCCCAUCGUUGCAUUCUGGGCCAAAACUCGCCAGUGUUCAAAAGCAUGUUCUCAUCACCAAACAUGAUCGAAGCACAGAAAGGAGAGAUUCACAUUGAAGACGCCAAAUAUGAUUCGGUUCGAGCGAUGGUCGAGUUCAUGUAUACGGGAGCUACUGAGUCACUUGAGUCUCAAGGAAAUAUUGACGAAAUAUUGGCAAUUGCUGACAAAUACGAAGUUCUGAUGCUCAAAGACCAAUGUGAGCGCCUUAUCGCACAAACAAUCAACCUGAAAAACGUCACACAAAUUGCCAUGUUUUCCGAUACAUAUACUGCUGAUUACUUGAAGUCUGCUGUGAUUCGCUUUUUGACGACACAUCACCGUGUGGUUAUCAAAACACAGGAUUGGAUCAGUCUGAAGAAAAGUCGUCAUGAGCUCGCCAAUGAACUUCUGGAGGCUGUUCUGUCGACAGAUCAAGACGAUGACGAUGUAACAUCUAAUAUUCCAAUCAGUGUCUCUCCACCACCAGCGAGGAAACGUCUCCGGCGUAGUGCAAAGUGAUAAUGAAUUGAUUCAAUAGAAAAUUUUCAUAUUUUCCUUUUACUCAAAACUCAAAUCUUUAAUUCCACAUUUUCCAUUAAAUGUAUAGUUUUUAGCAGUGCUUUCAUUUCUCUGUACUACUUGCGGGUUUCCAUGAAUAGUGGUUGUCCUCCACCCUCUCUCUUUUCCUCCCGUUUCUAUGUCACACAAAGCCCCUUCUUUAAUCAACGGAUCAAUGCCAUCAUAAUUAUCGUUGUCAUUGCCUGUAAAUCUCAAGAUCCAUAAUAUCCAUUCUUAACUUGUUUCAUCACUCAACACCGUUUCCAGAUCCCGCUUCUCAUUCUUUUAAAAUAGUAUCACUGGAGUAUUUCGUUCUGUGGUUCCUUUUUUCUAAAUUAUCGUUUCAGCUCCUUAUUAAUAAUGAAAGGAUUU